UGUUCGCAAAACAUUAUUAUUAAUAAUAAUAAUGAGCAGGCAAAUGUACAGACCCGUAGAAUAUUUUAAGUUUAGGUAACUGAGAUCGGUUACGCACCGCUUCUGCGACCCUUCUACCUAACCCCAAUAAGUACCUACCUUACUUCAAUAAGUAAGCGUUGCUGUACCACACUGGCGCAGGUACUGGUGCCUUUGAGAUAUCUCAGCUUUGAGGAUCAAUGCAUAAAUUGGUGGUAGUCAACCACCCUUGCAGCAGUCUUAAAUGUGAAGACCACUAAGUAAGACAUGGAUAGUGUUUGUCGCGUUUGCAUGAGCACAGUGGACCUGGUGGAUAUAUUCGCAGAUGGGAAGCUGCAUGAUUGUGAACGCACCCUAGUAGAAAUGUUAAAUGAAUGCGUCAAGUACCCAGUGACACCCGAGGAUGAACUUACAAAGAAGAUAUGCGGGUCUUGUAUUUCUGAUGUGAAAAUAGCUUUUAGAUUAAAACUCACUGCCGAUAAUAGCUAUAAGCGGCUAAAUAUGAGUCUACAGGCAGAUUUGGAAGAAUUUAUCGAUACGCUAGCAGCAGAAGAUUGGGAACUCGUGAACCAUUCAAUUAAGAAAGAGCUAGAUGAUACCUCUGAAUUGGAGAACCAUGUUGAGAGCGUACAAGAAAGGCAAAAUAAACCUAAAAAGAGUACUAACUCGAAGAAGACAUUUAAGUGUGUCUAAAAUGUCCAAAAACUUUCGCCCAGUCGUCUUCUCUUAAGACACACCAAAUUGUUCACACCGGCGAGC